CGAAGGAACAAGAGCAAAACCAUCCCCCAAACUAGCUGUAACCCCCCGUCGCUUCCUUCACGUAAUCCCCCGCCGCCCCCGCCCCGUCUUCCUUCUCCACCUCCCCCCUCGCUAAGCAAAAGCAACCUGCAACUCCAGCUCCCCCCUCCUCUUCUUCUUUUCAUUCAUCAUCCUCCCUACUCCGAUCCCCUCCCCCGCACGCGAAAUCCCCUUGCAGCUCUUCUUCGUCCCCGAUCCCCAGCCCCCCCGGAGCACCAAGCCCGCCACCACCGGAAGGAGAUGUCGUACGCCUACCUCUUCAAGUACAUCAUCAUCGGCGACACAGGCGUCGGCAAGUCGUGCCUGCUGCUGCAGUUCACCGACAAGCGGUUCCAGCCCGUCCACGACCUCACCAUCGGCGUCGAGUUCGGGGCCCGGAUGAUCACCAUCGACAACAAGCCCAUCAAGCUCCAGAUUUGGGACACGGCUGGGCAAGAGUCAUUCAGAUCCAUAACUAGGUCAUACUACAGAGGCGCUGCUGGUGCUCUUUUGGUCUACGAUAUCACUAGGAGGGAGACUUUCAACCACCUUGCAAGCUGGCUGGAGGAUGCGAGGCAGCAUGCGAAUGCUAACAUGACGAUAAUGCUUGUCGGGAACAAGUGUGAUCUGUCUCACAGGCGUGCAGUGAGCUAUGAGGAAGGCGAGCAGUUUGCAAAGGAACAUGGACUUAUCUUCAUGGAGGCAUCUGCAAAGACCGCGCAGAAUGUCGAGGAGGCAUUUGUUAAGACCGCUGGAGCAAUCUACAAGAAAAUUCAAGAUGGUGUUUUUGAUGUAUCUAAUGAGUCUUAUGGAAUCAAAGUUGGAUAUGUAGUCCCUGGCCAAUCUGGAGGUGCUGGUAGCUCGUCUUCUCAAGGUGGUAGCUGCUGCAGCUAAUCUGUUAACGCCCUUAUGUACAAAGGCAUAUCCGUCGUGUGUCACAUACCAGCUGCUUUAAAUUCCUGUUUCUGAACGUAAAAUGGUUACUGCUCCAGGGUGCUUUGUUAUUUGACGCACCAAUGGAUUCUGUGCCUGAACGAUUUAAGAGAUUCAGUUUAUUUAUGUCAGGUGUUUAUAAACUCUCUGUAAAAAAUCACUAGAUUCUUUACUGUUUUCCGUCAUUUAGCAUUCACGAAUUCUGUCCGUCUGCAUGUGUAAAUGUAAAUAACAUACCUCGAUGCAUUGUUUGGUGUGAAAAUUAAUUUGUCUUAUUCGACUA